AUUUUCCUGUAAUUAAAGGCCAGAUGGAUCAGUCACAGAAGUUAGACGCAGUUGAAAAACUUAUUGGUUAUACAGGUCUUGGACAUGGCAAGGCUAGAGAAUUUUUGGAAA